CCCCGAUCCGACGGCUCGAUCCCCAGCCACUCUUUAUCCUCCGCACCCGCUCGCCCCGUCGCCCUGCUUCCUCACAACUUGCCCCCCCUUUUUCCGUUCCGUUCCCUCGCUCGUCGCCGCGCGCGCUAGGUUAGGGUUUCGCCGCAUCCCGGCCGCUCCGCCCGCUUCGGAUCGUUCCGGUGGGAGGCCAUGGCGAUCGUGAGGACCGGAGCCGGCAACCGGGUCCCCAGGCUUGACGGCGGCAGUGAAGGCUCGCCGGAGGCCACGGAGGACGACGACAACGAGGAGGAGUCGCGGGCCACGCCGUCGCAAGAGUCCGAGGCCAACGGCUUCUCCGUCGACGACGACGAUGGCCAGAACGGCAGCGGCGGAGGAGGCAAGGAUCCAGAGGAGGUGGUGGAGGAAGAGGAGGAGGAAGAGGGGGACUCAGGGAUGGGUUCCGAUGGGCUGGACGUCGCUGAGCUCGGCGAGCCCAGCACCGAGAUAUGCCAGGUCGGGGACCAGAGUGUUGCCGUGCCGCUGGAGCUCUACGACCUCGACGGCCUCGGCGACGUGCUCUCGCUCGUCGCCUGGAACACCCUGCUCAGCGAGGAUGAGCGGCUGCGCCUCGCCGCCUUUCUGCCCGACAUGGACCAGGAGACCUUUGCGCGCACGCUCGUCGAACUCUUCGCGGGGCGAAACUUCCACUUUGGGAGCCCCCUGGCCGCCUUCUUCAAGCGCCUCAAGGGCGGGCUCUGUGACCCGAGGGUCAACCUGUACCGCCGUGGUACCCGUUUCGCGGAGCGGCGCAAGCAUUGCUACUGGAUCCAGAGCUACCACAACUCCAUGGUGCGGGGCCUCCGGGAGAUCAAGGAUUGCUUGAAGGGCCACGAGAGAUACAGCCUUGCUGAGAAGAUCAGGAUGUUGCACACGUUAAAGGCACAGCAGCAGCAGAGGAAGGCUCUAGAGUUGGCGAGGCGGGCUGGGUCGGAGACUGAUUCCGAGAGCAGAGGGUCUGGAGAACAGGUCUUAGAUCGGCUCAAGCAUGAUAAGAGUGGACAGAAGAAGUCGGGGAAGUUAGUGAAGGAGAAGUCGAAGGGGCUGCUGCGAGCGGGUAUGCCGAAAGGAGUGGAUGAGGAUUACAUGGGAGGGUCUGGCCGCGAUGCUGUGAUGUCACUCUCUGAGCUUUCUAGGUAUGAUCCACGCACGCAUAGAGGGAAGCUUCCCAGGAGCAUAGAGGGCCAUUACUCGGAGGACCUUGGAUAUGGAAGGGAUUCAUCAAGAUCUUGGUUUCAGAGGGCUCUGCCCAAGCCAGUGAAGAAGGAAUUAACUACGACCUAUGAUGGUAAUCUGUAUGGAAAUAACUACAGUGAUAACCAUACUGCCUCUCCUUACCACUACGGCAGGAAUCCCAUUGCUAAUCAGGGAGUUACCUUAGCAGCAGCAUAUGAUCCUCCUUAUUUUGAUACCAGAAGGAAUUCAAGGUACUCGGGUAGAGACUGGGCACAGGGUGGAAAAGGUGUGCACACUAACGCUUUAAUGGGUGAUGAGAUGAACUGGCCAGCUGGUAUCCACACUGGUACAUUACAUGACAGGCAGAAGGGGCAGUCUGCAGGUGAUUACAGGAGCAGGAAAGAUCAAGCUGGUUAUGGCCUGAAGGUUAAGUCCUAUAAAAGUAUUGACCAGCAGGUUAAUGAUGCCCAUGUUGGUUCUGACCCUAGAAGCAAGAUAUCACAAGCGAAGAUGGCAGGUAAAUCCAGUACACAACUAGAUAGGACUGGCCAGAAGCACUCCAGGAGCAAUGCUGUCUAUGCUCAAAGUGAUGAGACAGAAUCUGAUUCCUCGGAAAAGUUUGAAGAUGGCGGGGAAGUGCAUUAUCUUGAACGGAAGCCAGAGCGUCACCAUUCUGGGUAUUAUAGACCAGCACAUGGUGCCAAAAAGCCAAACAAGCUUGCUAAAGUGGCCAAAAUGAACUAUCCUACUACUGAUGCAGAUUUAGAACCCUCCCAGAGCAAAGGAUUCGAAGGGAAGGGUUCAGAGACUGGCUAUUUACGUGAUGUGGAUGUGAUGGUGACAGAACAGAUUAGUGAUGUCAUGAAACCUCCAGCAGCAAGUGGUGAAAGGAAGCGGAAAGGGGCGGGAAAUCUGGACAUGCAUGUUUAUCAUAACUCUGAUCUGCAUGAAAUUAAUGAAGAUGCAAAUGACUCAUCCAGGUUGGCGGAGAAUGAAAGGUUUGCUAGUAGAUCAGGCCAUGCAGGCCAAGAUUCUAAUGGUGAUUAUGUUGGUACUGAAAGAGUCAGCUCUAGCUCCAAAAAAGCAAAAGGAAGAGUCGAAGUUCCUAGCCUGGAUGAGCAUGGUGAGCAUUUGUCAUCUGGCUCAAAGCUUGUUGAGAACAUUGGUGGAUCCAAGAAGAAAAACAAAAAAAAGCCAGAGAGCAGCACCACAGAUGCAGCUAUUAUAGCAGAACCAGCUGCUGCUGUACCUGAAAUUAAUGUGGUAGCUGCAGAGCCUGAGAAGGUUGAGAAGCCCAAGAAGAAGUAUGUACCGAUAACACCAACAAUCCAUACUGGUUUUUCGUUCUCUGUUGUACAUCUUUUAACUGCUGUAAAGAAGGCUAUGGUCACUCCUGCUGAGGAUACUCCAGCCACAGCGAAGCAACCAGAUGGAGAGGAGGGCAAAAUUUGUUUCAACAAUGAAGAACACAUCAAAACACCUCAUCAAGAACAAAGUACAACAGAUCAAACUGAACAGGUCCUUGAGGGUGCAAAUGCCAGUGCUGCAGAACAAACUGUACCAAUCAAUGCACCGGCGCUUACUGUUCAAGAGAUUGUCAAUCGAAUUAGAGAAAAUCCUGGAGACCCUAGGAUACUUGAAACACAGGAGCCCCUCCAAGAUUUAGUUCGAGGAGUAUUGAAAGUACUUUCAUCUAGAACAGCUCCUCUAGGUGCAAAGGGCUGGAAAGCAUUAGUUGCCUAUGAGAAGUCAAACAAAAGUUGGUUCUGGGUUGGUCCAGUACCUUCUGUUUCAUCAUAUGAUGACCCUGAUGAAGAAACUUCUGCUGAAGCAUGGAGUAUACCGCACAAGAUGCUUGUUAAGUUGGUUGAUGCAUUUUCUAAUUGGCUGAAAAGUGGUCAGGAAACCCUUAAGCAGAUAGGUUCCCUUCCACCACCUCCACCACCAAAUCCUGCAAACUUGGAUUUGAAGGAAAGGUUCAAGGAGCUUAAAGCGCAAAAAAGUCUGAACACUAUAAGCCCAAGCUCAGAUGAAGCAAGGGCAUAUUUCCAGCGUGAGGAAUUUUUGAGGUACUCAAUACCUGAUAGAGCAUUUUGCUAUACUGCUGUUGAUGGGGAGAAGUCUAUAGUUGCUCCCUUGAGAAGAGGAGGUGGAAAGCCAACGGCGAAAGCGAGGGGUCACCCCAUGCUCUUACCUGAUCGGCCGCCACAUGUCACUAUCCUCUGUCUUGUAAGGGAUGCUGCGUCCAGGUUGCCUGCAAGAACUGGAACUAGAGCAGAUGUCUGCUCACUACUCAGAGAUUCACAAUACCUAAACCAUGAAGAAGCCAAUAAAGAGGCUGCAAUCAAUCAAGUCGUCAGCGGAGCUCUCGAUCGUUUGCAUUAUGAACGCGACCCUUGCGUGCUAUAUGACAAUGACAAAAAACUGUGGACCUAUCUGCACAGGGGCAGGGAGGAGGAAGAUUUUGAGGAUGAUGGCACAUCAUCUACAAAGAAAUGGAAGAGACCAAGGAGGGAUCUCUCUGAUCCUGCAGAGCCAGGUGCAGCAAAUGAUGAUGUUGACGACGAGGGCACUGGCACCCCUCCAGGAAGCAAUGCAAAAAAACAAAAGGCAGACCAUGGAGAUUCUACAUUGUCAGGAGAAGCCAACGAUGAGGGAAAUCAUCCAACUCAGAAUCCGUCUUCUGGUGGCCUGGAAGGUGAUCCUGAUCUUAAUGCAAGAAAUUACGAAGAAUCAGGUGGAGUUGUUUACAUGGAUGCAAGAACAGAUGUUGGUGUUGGGUCGAAUUCAAUAGAUGCAAAACCAGGCAGCAGGGCUGAUGAUAAUACAGCAAGCUGGCAGUCACUCCCAGAACAGAAUAAAACCAGUACGGCGCUCCCUGAGGACACCAGCAUGGAUGGUACCCCAGGGCCAGCAUAGGUGAUUUGUGCAGAAACCAGUUGGCUGGUGUUAGGAGAAUUUGUUUCAUUUUUAAUGUUGCUUCUCUUCCCCUCUAAGCUGCAGAUGUAAACUUGGAAUCCUAAGAUUGGUUUUCAGUACAGCUCAGUCCGUUUUAUAGUG